UCUUUUUGUUUUCCAACACGUGAAACAUGUGAUUGUUUUAUUUUGUAAUAAAAUAUAAUCUCAACUGAUAUUUAAUUACCAUUAAAUUUCACCUAAGCGACGAACCUUCUCACAAAAUGGAAACGGAGAACAUAAGUGUUGAUGAUUUUUUGCCGGUUAAAAAGACGGUGAAGCUUAAAAAUAUAAAGCGCAAAGCUACAGAUGACACCGGAGAUGGUAUGGAGGUUGAAGAGCCCACCAUUGGGGAAAGCAAUCCAAAGAAGCCUAGAAGGAAUCGAAAAAAACAUAAAAAAAGUUCAGACCCUAAUGAGAGUAAAGUUGCAAUGCGAAAAGUUGCGGUCCCAGCUCACAGAUAUACACCACUUAAAGAAAGCUGGCUGAAGAUUUUUACCCCGAUUGUUGAACACUUAUUGCUACAAGUAAGGUUUAACACGAAAACAAGAAAUGUAGAGAUAAAAGUUGGACCAGAAACAAAAGAUAUAGCAAAUUUACAGAAAGCUGCUGAUUUUGUAAAGGCUUUCAUAUAUGGUUUUGAAGUUGAUGAUGCCUUAGCGUUGCUCCGGCUAGAUGAUUUAUUUGUCGAAUCGUUCGAGGUUAAAGACGUGAAAACACUAAAUGGUGACCAUUUAAGUAGAGCUAUUGGUCGUUUAGCUGGCAAAGCUGGUCGAACAAAAUUCACAAUUGAAAAUGUAACAAAAACAAGAAUAGUACUAGCAGACUCAAAAAUUCAUAUAUUGGGCAGUUAUCAGAAUAUUGCUUUGGCAAGACGGGCUAUAUGUAAUUUGAUAAUGGGAUCUCCGCCUUCAAAAGUUUAUGGGAAUUUGAGAAACGUCGCUAACAGAGUGGCUGAAAGAAUAUAGUUGUAAAAUGUAUUAUAAAUAAAUCUAUGUAUUUAUAUGA